UCGGCCGCCGGCUCUGAGGGUCGGCUUCUUUUCCCCCUCUCGCGUGGGGCGGGGUGGUGCGUUCCGAGUUCCCAGGAGUUCGAAGCGGGCGGGUGCCGGGGGGAGGGGAGUGGUGGCGGCGGCGGGCGGCUCCCGCCUCAGCCUCGGCAGUGGCGUCGGCGACGGCGGUGUGGAGGCAGCCGCCAGCGCUCCGCCGAGUGUCAGCCGGCAGCGACGGCGCUAGAGCUGGGAGCUGGGGACGCGCGCACCGGACCUUCCACAGCCUCCGCCCAGAGCCUGAGGAGCCGGGGGGCGGGCGGGAGAGCGGGCCGGGGGGAGGGUGGGGGAUGGCGCGGACCCCGCGGCCGGCCCCGCUGUGUCCUGAAGGCGGCAAAGCACAACUUUCCUCCGCUUCUCUCCUCGGAGCCGGGCUCUUGCUGCAGCCCCCGACGCCACCUCCGCUGCUGCUGCUGCUCUUCCCGCUGCUGCUCUUCUCCAGGCUCUGUGGUGCCUUAGCUGGACCAAUUAUUGUGGAGCCACAUGUCACAGCAGUAUGGGGAAAGAAUGUUUCAUUAAAGUGUUUAAUUGAAGUAAAUGAAACCAUAACGCAGAUUUCAUGGGAGAAGAUACAUGGCAAAAGUUCACAGACUGUUGCAGUUCACCAUCCCCAAUAUGGAUUCUCUGUUCAAGGAGAAUAUCAGGGAAGAGUCUUGUUUAAAAAUUACUCACUUAAUGAUGCAACAAUUACUCUGCAUAACAUAGGAUUCUCUGAUUCUGGAAAAUACAUCUGCAAAGCUGUUACAUUCCCGCUUGGAAAUGCCCAGUCCUCUACAACCGUAACUGUGUUAGUUGAACCCACUGUGAGCCUGAUAAAAGGGCCAGAUUCUUUAAUUGAUGGAGGAAAUGAAACAGUAGCAGCCAUUUGUAUCGCAGCCACUGGAAAACCUGUUGCACAUAUUGACUGGGAAGGUGAUCUUGGUGAAAUGGAAUCCACUACAACUUCUUUUCCAAAUGAAACGGCAACGAUUAUCAGCCAGUACAAGCUAUUUCCAACCAGAUUCGCUAGAGGAAGGCGAAUUACUUGCGUUGUAAAACAUCCAGCCUUGGAAAAGGACAUCCGAUACUCUUUCAUAUUAGACAUACAGUAUGCUCCUGAAGUUUCGGUAACAGGGUAUGAUGGAAAUUGGUUUGUAGGAAGAAAAGGUGUUAAUCUCAAAUGUAAUGCUGAUGCAAAUCCACCACCCUUCAAAUCUGUGUGGAGCAGGUUGGAUGGACAAUGGCCUGAUGGUUUAUUGGCUUCAGACAAUACUCUUCAUUUUGUCCAUCCAUUGACUUUCAACUAUUCUGGUGUUUAUAUCUGUAAAGUGACCAAUUCCCUUGGUGAAAGAAGUGACCAAAAAGUCAUCUACAUUUCAGAUCCUCCUACUACUACCACCCUUCAGCCUACAAUUCAGUGGCAUCCCUCAACUGCUGACAUCGAGGAUCUAGCAACAGAACCUAAAAAAUUGCCCUUCCCAUUGUCAACUUUGGCAACAAUUAAGGAUGACACAAUUGCCACGAUCAUUGCUAGUGUAGUGGGUGGGGCUCUCUUCAUAGUACUUGUAAGUGUUUUGGCUGGAAUAUUCUGCUAUAGGAGAAGACGGACGUUUCGUGGAGACUACUUUGCCAAGAACUACAUUCCACCAUCAGAUAUGCAAAAAGAAUCACAAAUAGAUGUUCUUCAACAAGAUGAGCUUGAUUCUUACCCAGAUAGUGUAAAAAAAGAAAACAAAAAUCCAGUGAACAAUCUAAUACGUAAAGACUAUAUAGAAGAGCCUGAAAAAACUCAGUGGAACAAUGUAGAAAAUCUCAAUAGGUUUGAAAGACCAAUGGAUUAUUAUGAAGAUCUAAAAAUGGGAAUGAAGUUCGUCAGUGAUGAACAUUAUGAUGAAAAUGAAGAUGACUUAGUUUCACAUGUAGAUGGUUCCGUAAUUUCCAGGAGGGAGUGGUAUGUUUAGCAACCACUGAAUGUGACUUAACUAUGUACAAUGUUCAUUCAUACUAGUUGAUCAUUUUCAGAUUGUUCAUACUUUUUCUUGAGGAAGAAUAAGCUUUUUCAAGUUGAUUUUCAAGCUUUUUAUAUUCUAAUCUGACAAAUGAAAAUGUAAAAUCUGAGUUCGGUAUAUCUAAGCUGCUUUACAAUUUUUUUUCAAUGCUGUACUACUGUCUCGAUUUAAAUUUUAAUGCAGAGUACUUUAUUGAUGUGAGGCACACAGGUAAGAAGAAAUGUCAAUAUUAAAUGUAUGACUUAUUUGGUACAAAAAUUUUUUAAAAAGGGAACUACCUUGACAUUGUGUAUUAAAUGUUUACCUAAGACAAUAAUCUCAAGUAUGUUUGUUUAACAUAUACCUCUCAAAAUUUAUCACCACUCAAUGACACUGCAUCAAAAUUGACUAUAAAAGUAAUUCAAGAAAUAUUUAUAUAUAUUUUUUAAUAUACAAAAAAUAUUUAGCCUGAUGGAAUGGCUUUCCUUUUCAAACAUUAUUUUCUAAGUUUCUAUACAAAUGAAAUCUUUACCUCUGCAUAUUAAUGAGCCUUGCCAUAAUUACUGUAGAGUGGCUUUUCAAAGAUAUUUUGUUGCACUAAAACUGUGGUAGUAAACUCAGUGAACAUGAUGUGUGGAAGAGCAUAAUUAGCUGGUCAAUAUUUUUGUCCAAAAUACCUACAAGAGUAAUAAAAUACAUGCCUUUCAAACGUGAUAAUUAUUAGUUUUUUUUUUCCUUUCUGGAAAACAAUUCUUACAUUGUCAUGUGAACAUGGAUUUUGGUACAUUAGCAGUAGCCUUAUUUUAAUGCUUUAUGUCCUAAACAUACUAAUAGAAAUGAAAAGAUGCAGAGAGAGCAUUUCAGAAUACUGAGGUACUAGUUUUAGAAAUGAGACAUUUCAGCCAAUAAUAUAUAGAAAGAAUUUUCUGGACCAUCUUGUUUUAGUUAUUUAAUGUUGAUGUUCAAACGGGUAAAUGUAUAGAAUGAAAAUUUUAGAGUAAACUUGGAAACAUUGGAUUUAACUAGAAAAAUCUAAAGUAUAGAAUCAGUCGGUAACACUUGCUAAUGGAUAUUGGCAUUCAUCUCCUUUUUCCUCCUAAGUGUAUGUAUGUAUUUUAAGAUUUUUGUUUUUACAAUUAAAACUGGAAACAUGAGGGUUUUUGUUUUUGUUUAUUACAUAAAUUAUGUAUAUUCCUUCUGAAUCGUUUAUCUUUUGAGAAAGAAAUGUUACCUAAACUUCAAAUGUGCUUUUUGUUUGUAAGGUAAUUAAAUUGCUUCUACAGUGGAGUCUUACAAAAUUAUAAUAAUGACAACUAUUUUGAAGCUGAAAGGAUAUGUUUUUCUAUUGAUAAGUCAUUUGAAAAAGUGACUACUUUGCCAGUGCAAUGAAGUGGAAGUUAGUAGGAGAAUCAUAAAUAUAUUAUUUUGUUAAUAAAAAGGCAAAGUAGUAGGUACUUUUUAAACCCUCCCAACUAGCCGUUUCUCAAUAUUCAUCAAAUCUAAAACAUUUAGGGGGCAAAAUUCUAACAUGUUCAUAGUAUCUUGCAAAUAGUGGAAGGUUUAUUCUGAAGGAUUAUAAACUAGUUUUCUUCAUUAUAACUAGCACUAUUUUGUGGAAAUUAGAAACCUAUUUUAUUUCUCUUCCCAAAAGUAAUGCUUAGUAUAAGACUGUAGUAUCAGGUUAAGGAUACAGGUAAAUAAAGUUCACUUAUAUCUUCUUACAGAUGUCUGGGUUUUAAUAUGGUUAAUCACAUAUACAAAUACUACAACUUUUUAGUACAAGUUUUUGGAAGAAAACUUUUUGAUAAAACACUGUGAUUGACGUAAGUUUAUUUUUAAUAUAAAUAUCAUUGAUGAGGUGGCCAGAAGAAAGAUGGGUCUAAAAUUUCUUCCCAUGAAAGAUGUAAAACUAUGACUUGUUUUUUUAAAUCAAAAUUUCAUCUUUUAAAAAUAAUGGUUUGAAAUACUAUAUGGAUCUGAACAGAAUAAUCACAUUUAGGAUUCUAUAUAAAUCUGAACUGGAGUAUAAUCUGAAGGAGUUUAGCAAUGUAUUUUAAGAAAUAUAUUUCAAAAAUAUAAAUACUGGUUAUGAACUUCCUUUUACAUUGUGGUUAUGUGUGUGAUUGGGUUUUUUUGUUUGUUUGUUUCUUUUGUGUUUUUUUGGCGGGAGAGUGUGACCUGGAAAACCACAAGUGAGUAUUUGACAUAUUCUGUAUCCUUAAUCCAAUCAUUUGGCAAACUAGAAGGUUUCUGUGUUAGAUGAAUCUAAUACUAGUGCUUAACACUUUGGGAAGCAUUGCACUGUUGUUUAUUAGAACUUUAUGUAUAUUUACUGCACAUAGAGACUUGUUUGAAAACAUGAAUAGUCAUUAAAUAAACAUAUUGUUAAAUUAGUUUUUGAAUACCAGUGAUAUUCAUAGCUAUUUGACAGGUAUAUAUGAAAGUUCUACUAUCUUGAAAAAAAAAUAUUUGUACUAUUUUUUGCCAUUUAUUUAUAUUUAUUUCUUGCAUAUGGUUUAAACUGUUUUUGCAUUUUUGUAAAUUCACUUGAGAGUUUUCUUUCACACUGGUUAAAAUAUUCCAAUAAUAUAAUGAAGAUGAAUGCAACUCUUAUUUUUUCUGCCAUUUUUAUUAAAAUACAUUGAAACUAAAGUAGGCUAGGGGUUAACUUUAAAAGUGAUAUUUGAGAAGUGCUUUAGAGUUGAAAGAUUUAGUAUUUUACCAUGUGCCUAGUAGGGUUCUAUUUGCUAAGUCUAAUAUUAAGGAAACUAUUAAGGUUUUUCAGUAGUAAGUGUCGCUUCUAAUAGCCAUAUACAGGAAAGUUUUAUAAGAUAACCCAUGGCUAAAUAUUUUGCAUUAAGGAGCUGUAGGAGUACAGUGUGUAAGUACAGAAAUAAAGAGAAAUGUAGUCAUUUUAAAUGUGAAAACAUCUGAUUUGAGUUUGUUUUUGAUAAAUACUGCUAAAACACAGUAUAUGAACAAGUAAGAAGUUUAUGUAUGAAAGUAAUCAAUGUAAAAUGUAAGAAAGGAAUAAAUGGUACCCAAUUUGAAUUUUUAAUUCUAAUAGGGGAGUAGAUUAUAGAUUGAAUUGUCUUUCCUGUUUACUUGUUAAUUAGAAAAUGCAUCCUUCAUAAACAGCUCCUUUCUCAAAUUUUUUGUAUAUUGUGUUUGGGUUUGGGUUUUAGUUUGUACCAGCGCUAAGUUUUGGGUUGUUUUUGUUUGGUGGUUUUUUUAUUUUGUUUUGUUUGUUUCUUUUUUAACCAACCUGUGUAUUAAGUGUUAGCCCCAGUAGCCAUGCAAGAAAUCUUUAAAUAAAAGUUUAAAAAGUUA